GAUGCCCUGUCGGGAACCCACUGAUAUAUUUCGUAUUCUUAAAAGAAUGAGAAUGAACAUGGACACAUUUUCAUGACGGAUGUUAAAAAGGAUUACAUAAAUUGAAAUGCUAUAAAUAUGUAUCGGAAUUGCUUUUGUCUUCACAUUUUUUCUCUUACACACCACAACUUUAAGCCACCCAUGAUGAUCGCUUUAGUAGCUUUGACCGUGUUUGUGCAGAGUGUGUUUGGAGGAAACCUGGUAGAGGUUUUACAAAACGACGGGGAGACGACUUUAAUAUCUCUUGUCAAGCAAGCCGGUCUGGCUGACGCUCUCUUAUCAGGUAUUUUGCAUGAUAUAGUUAAUUUGUAUUUCAAAAAAUUGUUGUUUAAAUUAUUUUGUCAACGAGCAGGACAACUGAUGAAUACUAAUAUGAGUUGUUUUACUAUUACAGGAGAGUACACCAUAUUUGCUCCAACAAAUGCUGCAUUCUCCAAACUUCCCCAGUCUGUCCUUGACGGUCUACAGAGAGAUACCGCCGCCUUGGCAAAUAUACUGAAAUACCACGUGGUCAAAGGUUCCAUUCACAAGGCCGAUGCAUCCAAUGAGCUUCAGUUGGAGACUUUGGCUGGAACCAAAAUCAGAUUUAACAUCUAUAAUCACAAUCACGUGGUGACUGUGGAAGGAUCCAAAAUCACACACUUUGACCUGACCGCCUCAAAUGGUAUGGUGCACGUGAUUGACACUGUAAUGAUGCCUCCUUCAGGAAGCAUUGUGGAUUUGGUGGCCGGCAACAGCGACCUGAGCACUCUUCUGUCUCAGGUCCAAUCAGCAGGAUUGGCCGGGGCACUACAGGGAGAUGCUCUAACGGUAUUUGCACCAACCAACGCUGCAUUUAAUAGACUUGGCAGUCAUGUAUUAAACAAUCUGAAAAGCAACCCACAGCUUCUGAAAGAAAUUCUGGAGUACCACGUCGUUCCUCACACUGAAUACUCAGCUGGAUUGUACAACCGAGAACACCUCGCAACUCUAGAUUCUCACCAUGACGUCAUCAGACUUGGAGUCAGUACUAAUGGUGUUGUUAUUAAUCACCGUGCUCACGUGACAAAAGCCGACAUUAGCGCCACCAACGGUGUUGUACACAUCAUUGAUCACCCACCCAUGAUGAUCGCUUUAGUAGCUUUGACCGUGUUUGUGCAGAGUGUGUUUGGAGGAAACCUGGUAGAGGUUUUACAAAACGACGGGGAGACGACUUUAAUAUCUCUUGUCAAGCAAGCCGGUCUGGCUGACGCUCUCUUAUCAGGAGAGUACACCAUAUUUGCUCCAACAAAUGCUGCAUUCUCCAAACUUCCCCAGUCUGUCCUUGACGGUCUACAGAGAGAUACCGCCGCCUUGGCAAAUAUACUGAAAUACCACGUGGUCAAAGGUUCCAUUCACAAGGCCGAUGCAUCCAAUGAGCUUCAGUUGGAGACUUUGGCUGGAACCAAAAUCAGAUUUAACAUCUAUAAUCACAAUCACGUGGUGACUGUGGAAGGAUCCAAAAUCACACACUUUGACCUGACCGCCUCAAAUGGUAUGGUGCACGUGAUUGACACUGUAAUGAUGCCUCCUUCAGGAAGCAUUGUGGAUUUGGUGGCCGGCAACAGCGACCUGAGCACUCUUCUGUCUCAGGUCCAAUCAGCAGGAUUGGCCGGGGCACUACAGGGAGAUGCUCUAACGGUAUUUGCACCAACCAACGCUGCAUUUAAUAGACUUGGCAGUCAUGUAUUAAACAACCUGAAAAGCAACCCACAGCUUCUGAAAGAAAUUCUGGAGUACCACGUCGUUCCUCACACUGAAUACUCAGCUGGAUUGUACAACCGAGAACACCUCGCAACUCUAGAUUCUCACCAUGACGUCAUCAGACUUGGAGUCAGUACUAAUGGUGUUGUUAUUAAUCACCGUGCUCACGUGACAAAAGCCGACAUUAGCGCCACCAACGGUGUUGUACACAUCAUUGAUCACGUUCUUAUUCCAGCCCGCCAUAUCUUUUCUUCGAUAUUGGGAAGAAAGUAAUUAUUUGAACAAACCAUUACGACAUUUUCACAUUUUUCACCUCAUGCCUUUGUUCAUAGCAUCACACUUUGCAAAUGCUAUCGUACAUUUUGUUAUUUAAUAUGCUUAUUGUUACCCACUGAGUGAAAACACAAAUGUUUUGCAAUAAAUAAUGUCAAAACGGAAAA